UUGAAAUUCUCUUUGCGAAGUGGAAAGGAGGCCAGAUCAGUGGAGGGGAGGCACACCGAUAGUCUUCCCACGACUGUGUUCCAGCGCCUAUUCAGAGGAAUUCAACAACCCCGGGGGCAUUUCUGAGAAAGCGCUCGUCGGGCUCCCUCCAUCCUCCGGGCCGUGUCAGGUGUCCUGGUCUCACUGAACAAGAGCUUCGUACUGGGUGAAUGAGCAGGAGAAGCGAUGUCUCAAAAGGGAAGCUGUUGCAGAGUCUGCAGCCGGGGCUUUUACAGCUGCAGCUGGAAGCACCCGAGUGAACCAGGAAAACGAGCAGGCUGUUGGUUCUCGGCUGUCUCUCUGGUGUCCCUGCUCUCCCUGUGCUGGAUGUACAUCUGCAUGAUCACGUUUAAUGACCAAGAGGACAUUAACUGGAAGGGCUUUAACUACUUGAAGCAAUGGGUGAAUUGGUUCAUGGUGCUGAUCAUCCUUUCUGCAGUGCUAACCAGCUACUGUGUUCUGCUGCUGCUCUUUGCAUUGGUCCAAGUCGCCUUAAGGGAGCCGCUCAACCUCCACUGGCUGCAUAAGAUUUUCUUAUUUUUCGGCGUGAUAUUCAUCACUUUCGGAUUGGUGGGAAUUUGUCACAAGUGGCCACAAGAACGGCCGACUAUCCCUCUCUCGCUGCAGGCCACAGCUCCUUUCUUGCAGUUCGGUGCCGUCGGAGCGUUGACCCUGCUGAGCUCGUUCGUCUUCAGGGGCUUCAACAUGGCGAAGGAAAAAUGGUCGAGGAUCCUGAUCGCGGUGACGUUUGCGGCGCUGUCGGCGGCCAUCUUCCUCUGGCCCCUGAGCGUCCGGUCGCCUUGUCUGAUAGAGCCCAACGAAUUACCUGAAAAACCAAAGCUCAUUGGUCACCGCGGGGCCCCCAUGCUGGCCCCGGAGAACACCAUGAUGUCCUUCGAAAGGAGCAUCGCGUGCGGCGUGACGGCCUUUGAGACGGACGUGCAGGUCAGUAAAGACAGAAUUCCCUUCUUGAUGCACGACAACUCCUCUGGGUUCUUGCGGAGAACAACGAAUGUCAAAGAGAAGUUUCCCAAUGAAGACUUCAGCCACAGCUCCAACCUGACCUGGGAGGACUUGCAGAGUCUGAAUGCAGGCGAAUGGUUCCUAAAGACGGAUCCUUUCCGUUCAGUGUCCCAGCUCUCGGAGGAGGAGAAGGAAACGGCCAGAAACCAGAGCGUUCCGUCCUUGCUUCAGCUCCUCAACCUGGCCAAGCAGCACAGCGUCUCUGUGAUCUUUGACCUCUAUAGUCCCAACCAGGGAAACGACACGGUGGACACGGUCAACACCAUCUUGAAUUCUGGCAUCGACCCAAGUCUGGUCCUCUGGCUUCCUCCAGAAGAACGAGAGUACGUGAACAAGACCGCUCCAGGCUUCGUCCAGGUCUACGACAACGAGGCUGUUAUGCUUAAAGAAGGAGGGAACCACCUGAAUGUGAAAUACAGCAAGUUUAAUAGAGACAUUAGGGGGCUUCGCGGCAGCGGGGUCACGGUGAACCUGUGGGUGGUCAAUGAGCGUUGGCUGUUCUCUCUGAUGUGGUGUGCGGGGGCCAGUUCCGUUACCACCAACUCCUGCCACCUGCUGAAGGACGUGAAGCGGCCCGACUGGGUAAUGGCGCCGCUCACUUACCAGGCGAUAUGGAUCACAGUGGACGUUGUGUCCGUCCUGGUGAUGACCGGAUUCUUCCUCUUCCAGCGGAAAACCCAUUGUCUCUGUAAAAGAAAAGGGGCAGAGGUGCAAAGAAAUACUUCAGCCUGGAAGGAGAGGGAAAUGUCCCCUUUCUUAUCCGGGUAGUUUGCCGGACUUCAGCCGCAGUAAUCUGAUAUAAAUCCACGUCUGAGAUUAUCAUUGCAGGAAAGAUGUGUGCAUAUUGUAAACCUGAGCCAAAUGACUAUUUUCUACACUGUCAUUAUAAACAUUCUUGUUUCUUCAUGUAACAAAUGUUUACACUCGUGUUUCACUCGGUAUGAAAUAGACUAUAACUUGUAAUACUUUUUUUGCAUUUUUUACUGCAUGUAAAUAAAGAACUCCAUCACUGAGAUGAUACAUA